AUGCUCAAGAUUCUGUCCCACCGCACCUACCGCCAUCUGUUUGCCGCGCAGGUGAUCGCCUUGAUCGGGACCGGCCUGGCCACGGUGGCGCUGGGCCUGCUGGCCUUUGAGCUUGCCGGCGACGACGCGGGCAUGGUGCUGGGCACGGCCCUGGCUAUCAAGAUGAUCGCGUACGUGGGCGUGGCGCCCGUGGCUGCAGCGUUUGCCGAUCGCCUGCCCCGGCGCACCAUGCUGGUUUCACUGGACCUGGUGCGGGCUGCAGUGGCGCUGCUGCUGCCGUUCGUCUCCCAGAUCUGGGAGGUUUACGUGCUGAUCUUCGUGUUGCAGGCGGCCUCGGCCGCGUUCACGCCCACCUUCCAGGCGACCAUUCCGGACGUGUUGCCGGAUGAAAAGGACUACACCAAGGCCCUGUCCCUCUCCCGUUUGGCCUACGACAUGGAGAGCUUGGUCAGCCCGAUGCUGGCGGCGGCUUUGCUCACGGUCAUCAGCUUUCAUGAUCUGUUCGCCGGUACGGUGGUGGGCUUCCUUGCGUCGGCAGCGUUGGUGGUGUCGGUGGUGUUACCGGUACAUCCGGCGCCGCAGCGCCUCGGCAUUUACGAGCGCACCACGCGCGGCCUGCGCAUCUACUUGGCCACGCCUCGGCUGCGUGGACUGCUGGCGAUUAGCGCGGCCGUGGCGGCGGCGGGCUCCAUGGUGUUUGUCAACACGGUGGUGAUCGUGCAAGCAGGGUUGGGAUUGACUCAGAGCGCAGUGGCCUUGGCGCUUGCCAGUUUUGGCGCAGGCUCCAUGGUUGCUGCUCUCGCCCUGCCUCGGCUGCUGGAGAAGCUGCCCGAUCGCACAGCCAUGCUGGGGGGCAUCGGUUUGAUGAUUGUGGGCCUGUUUGCCGGCUUCUUCGUGGUGGGACACGCCUCGCUAGUGGUCUUGUGGUUCGUGCUCGGCCUGGGCUAUUCAACCGCCCAGACGCCUUCGGGGCGUUUAUUGCGGCGCUCAGCGCGACCAGAAGACCGGCCCGCGCUGUUUGCUGCGCAGUUUGCGCUGUCGCAUGCCUGCUGGUUGCUGUUCUAUCCCCUGGCGGGCUGGCUGGGUACGCGCUUUGGCAUGCCGGCGAGCUUUUUGGUCCUGGGUGCUGCGGGUACUUUGGCAGCUUGGGUGGCUUCGCGCGUCUGGCCUGCGCAUGACCCGGACGUCAUUGAACACGAGCAUCCGGACUUGCCUGUUGGACAUCCACACACACAGGGCACCGCCGACGUCGGUCAUCCAUUGCGUCAUGCGCACGCCUUCGUGGUCGAUGACCAGCACCCCCAUUGGCCAAGUGCGGGCCGUUGA